GUUGGAGGUGUAAAAAUAACGGGAGCAAAAUGAUUUUACGCUCCUGGGAUCGGGUUAAGCCCCGUUCUAUAUCAGAUUUGGCAUGUUUUCUCCUGGUGGCUAUAUUUGUGCCUGUGACGUACAUCUUCCAUGUAACCAUUGUGAUGCCGGAGUUGUUUGCAAUCGGAGGGUUUUGGUACACUUUAAUGUGGGUGGCCAGCUUGUUUAUAAUCUUUAACAUCACAUCCAACAUGCUGGCCUGCAUGCUAGUGGAUACUAGUAUCCGCAUGGAGCUACUUCAACCACCGGUUGAACCAGCGCAGUUGGUGCGGUGGCAUAAGUGCCAUGAUUGCCAAACAUUGGUGCCACCUCGAUCCUGGCACUGUGACGUGUGCAAUGUGUGUGUGCUGAAGCGGGAUCACCACUGUCGCUUCACCUGCUGCUGCAUCGGGCACCACAACUACAGGUAUUUCUUCUAUUAUCUCGUGUACAUGAUAAUCGGAAGCUUGGCGGCUGCCAUCAUGGAAAGUAUUUACCUGUGGCACCUUCAUCCAGACGUCUACUGUCGUUGGUCCACACUGUGCGCUGUCUUCGCCCCCGUCGUUAGCCUUACGCUGAACCCUAGCUGGGAGACUUUUUAUGUGGUAAUAUACGAUCUCACUCUAUUGGGUUUUGCUAUAUCCUCGCUACUCCUGGUCUUCCAUUGGGAGAUAGUCAGGAGUGGUUCGGUGACGAGGGAGCGCGGUUCAAGAAAGUACGAUCGAGGAUUGAGAGGCAAUCUGGAAAUGGUGCUCGGAAAACGGAUGAACCUAACCUGGCUGUCGCCAUUUCUACGUAGCGAUUUACCCCACAAUGGGGUGAACUGGGUACCGAUAGGUACCGCUUCAAAGGAGGAUUAGUUCACAAUUGUGUCUUACCGACCUGUGGAAAUAAUGUGGUAUAAGUGGCAUUUACUUAAACUUACUCUACGUCAAAAUACAAUGAACAUAGCUCUUUGUUAAGUUAAAGUCUUUACGCUAAUCAAUACCUGAAUCUAAAUCUGUAUCUUUAUGUUUUAACCCCUGUAGGAACUAAUUUUAACGUUUAUAUCGACUAGUCAUUCACUAGAAGUAUUAUGCAAAAUUAGACUUAUAAUCUUAGUAAUGACACAUUAGUACAAUCUCAAUUAUAUAUCAAGUACAAAAGCAUUCUAUUAACAAAAAGCGUUACCAAAUACCGAGAAUAUUGUGUAUUAUUAUUAUACUUAUAUCAGUAAAAGAAGUUUUUAAUUUAA